CAAGCGUGUUAAAAAGGGUUACAGAGGGAGAAUGAACACACACAGCAGAUAUGGUAUCUGGCAGCAGGAUGUGUUGGAUCCAGCCAUCGCUGUUGGCCUUUCUGGCAUUGUCCUUUCUGAUUUCUGUGGCUGGUGGUGCUCCACUGGAGGUGAUGUCAGCACCCAACUUGUUGCGAGUGGGAGCGGUAGAAAACAUCUUUAUAGAAAUUCAAGAUUGCACUCUUGAAGAUCCCGUUAAUGUUGACAUCAUCGUUAAGAACCAUCCAACCAGAAAGAACGUGCUUGAUUCCACAUCUGUGACCCUGAACAAAACAAACAAGUUCCAGGAAAUUGGAAGAAUUAUGAUUCCUGCCGAACACUUCAGUAAGGAUCCCAAAGUAAAGCAGUAUGUUUACCUGCAAGCGAAGUUCCCUGACCGAGAGCUGGAGAAGGUUGUGUUAGUCUCCUUUCAAUCUGGCUACAUCUUCAUCCAGACUGACAAGACCAUCUAUACUCCCGGUACCCCUGUCUUGUACAGGUUGUUUGCAGUGAGGCCUGGCAUGGAACCAGUGGAGAGGGAAAAUCAAAUGGAUACUUCAGUCACCAUUGAGAUUACGACCCCUGACAACAUCAUUGUAGAAUCCAGUCAUAAAUCGAUAAAAUCAGGGAUCUACUCUGCAUCUUACCAGCUUGCUGAAAUUGUUAGUACUGGAUUGUGGAAGGUGGUGGCCAAAUUCGAAAGCAACUUACAGCAGAGCUUUGUUGCAGAGUUUGAAGUCAAAGAAUACGUGCUUCCGAGUUUUGAGGUGAAACUGACAUCUGAGAUUCCCUUCUUCUACGUGGACAGCGAAGAGCUCGACAUCAGUAUCAAAGCUAGGUAUCUGUUUGGUGAAGAGGUGGAUGGAACAGCCUAUGUGGUAUUUGGGAUUAUGAAUAAGGGUCAGAAAAAGAGUCUUUCAAGCUCUCUUCAGAGAGUGCAGAUUGUCGAUGGUAAUGGAGUCGCCAAACUGAAGAAGCAGCACAUAACAGACACCUUUCAAAACAUCCUCGAUCUUGAAGGAAGCUCCAUAUAUGUAUCUGUCAGUGUACUGACGGAGAGCGGUAGUGAAAUGGUGGAGGCAGAGUUGAGAGGUAUCCAGAUUGUCAAAUCACCCUACACCAUCCACUUCAAGAAAACACGACAAUAUUUCAGACCAGGAAUAUCGUUUGAUGUGGCGAUUGAAGUUGUAAAUCCUGAUGGCUCUCCAGCGAAAGGCGUUACGGUGGUGGUGGAGCCUGGCAAUGUGCGUGGUGUCACUGAAUCCAAUGGCAUGGCGAGGCUUCCCGUCAAUACAGAGGAAAUCUUCGCACCCCUGUUAAUCAAAGCAAGGACCGAUGUUCGUGGUAUUACACUUGAGAGACAAGCGUCGGCCAAUAUGACGGCUCUUCCAUUCACUAGUAGAAGCAACAAUUUCAUCCACAUAGGUGUUGACACAGCAGAGGUGAAACUAGGAGACAACUUGAACAUCAGGCUAAACCUCAACAGGCAGGAAAGUCAAGAAAAUGACAUCACAUAUCUGGUUUUGAGCAGAGGUCAGCUGGUGAAACAUGGCCGACACCGGAAUAAACGUCAAACACUUAUUUCCUUUCCUCUCAUCAUCACCAAAGAAAUGCUGCCAUCAUUCCGCCUUGUUGCCUACUACCAUCCAAAUUCUGGUGAAGUGGUAUCAGACUCUAUUUGGAUAGAUGUAGAAGACUCCUGCAUGGGAUCGCUGAAAUUAGAACAACCGAAACGAGAAAAUUCCUACGAGCCCCGCAACACAUUUGGUCUGAAGAUCACAGGAGAUCCAGAGAGCAGAGUGGGACUGGUAGCAGUCGAUAAAGGCGUCUACGUCCUCAACAACAAGCACCGGCUGACGCAGAAAAAGAUUUGGGACGUCGUGGAGAAGUACGACACCGGCUGCACACCAGGAGGAGGGAAGGACAGCAUAAACGUCUUCUUUGAUGCUGGACUGAUGUUUGAGACCAACACUGCUUCUGGGACGCCCCACAGAAUAGAUUUUAGCUGCAACGCCAGCAGCAGCAGCAGCAACAGCAGGAGGAAACGAGCCAUCACUAUAAUGGAAGUCAGAACCAGCUUGGCAAGUCAAUAUGAGGACAAAGAAGAAAGAGAGUGCUGUUUGGAUGGCAUGAGUGAUGUCCCUGUUUCAUACAGCUGUAAGAGGCGCAGCGAGUACAUCCUGGAUGGUCAGGGCUGCGUCAAGGCCUUCCUGAACUGCUGCAGGGAGAUGGAAAGACAGCAAAAUGAAAGGAGAGAGGAUGCCCUGCAACUGGCUCGCACUGAGGAGGAUGACAGUUACAUGGACAGUGACGAAAUUGUUACUCGUACAAAAUUCCCUGAAAGUUGGUUUUGGUAUGAAUACAAACUACAAGCGUGCCCGAAACACAACCCUCAUUGUGAGACCACGUUUUUAGAGCAAAAUGUUCCUUUGCCAGACUCAAUCACAACAUGGGAGUUCACUGGUAUCAGUCUGUCAAGAACUCAUGGUAUCUGUGUGGCUGAUCCAUUAGAAAUCAUUGUCCGGAAGAGAUUCUUCAUUGAUCUUAGGCUGCCGUACUCUGCUGUCCGUGGAGAGCAGCUGGAAAUUAAGGCAGUCCUCCACAAUUACACCCCUGAGCGCAUCAGAGUGCGCGUGGAUUUGAAAGAGGAAGCCAAUUUAUGCAGUGCAGCUUAUAAGCGUGGGAAGUUUCGUCAGGAGGUCGACGUAGGACCCGAAACCACACGAGUCCUACCAUUCAUCAUAAUCCCCAUGAAGAAUGGAAGAUUCCCCAUUGAGGUCAAAGCAGCUGUUAGAGAGACAUUCCUCAGCGAUGGAAUCCAGAAGAUGCUUCUGGUGGUGCCUGAAGGCGUACUGAUAAAAUCUCCAACAAAUGUAGCCCUGGACCCUACAAGAAAGGGUGUCAACGGUAAACAGGAAGAAAGGAUCAACAGUAGAAUUCCUGCAGUGGAUUUGGUUCCAGACACACCUAUGAGCACAAUAAUUUCUCUGACAGGGAGAGAGCAGAUGAGUGGUCUGUUUGAUCACGCCAUCAGUGGGAACUCUAUGGGUAAUCUGAUCAGACAGCCCUACGGUUGUGGAGAGCAGAACAUGAUCACCAUGACACUGCCCGUCAUCGCAGCCGUGUAUUUGGACAAAACCAACCAGUGGGAAACUGUGGGCUUUAACAAACGGAAUGAUGCCAUCCGACACAUAACAACAGGCUACACAUCUCAGCUUAAAUUCCGUAAAGGCGAUGGAUCUUUUACUGUGCAUCCUGAUUACCAAAGCAGUACCUGGCUGACAGCCUACGUUACCAAGGUGUUUUCCAUGGCCUAUAAUCUGGUGACAGUGCAGAACAACGUCAUAUGUGACGCCAUCAAGUAUCUCAUUCUCACGUCAAAGAAACCCGAUGGCAUGUUUACAGAACUUGGAUACGUGUACCAUCAAGAAAUGAUUGGUGACGUGGUGGGUUUGGAUUCAGACGUCUCCAUGACGGCCUUCUGCCUCAUCGCUCUGCAGGAGUCACGUACAAUAUGUUCUACCACUGUUAGUAGUUUGCCAAGCAGUAUAGACCAGGCAGUUUCCUAUCUGGAGAAGCGUCUGUCCAGCAUUACCAACCCGUAUGCUGCUGCCAUGGCAUCAUAUGCCCUGGCCAAUGAAAACAAACUGAACAAGGAGAUCCUCUACAAGUCUGCCUCCUCAGACCGAUCCCACUGGCCUGUACGUAAUGAUCAUGUUUUGACACUGGAAGCCACAGCUUACGCUCUUCUCGCUCUCGUAAAGACUGGGGCCUUUGAAGAAGCUAAACCCAUUGUGCGAUGGCUCAGCCAACAGCAGAAGCAGGGCGGAGGAUACGGAUCAACUCAGGCUACUAUCAUGGUGUACCAGGCCGUAGCAGAGUACUGGACCACUGCUAAAGAGCCAGAGUAUGAUCUGGACGUGGACAUCUUGUUACCAGGCAAGUCGCUGAUUGACAAGUACAAGUUCAACAAGGAAAACCACCAUUCCACAAGAACAUCUAAGUUCGGCGGUAUAAACAAGGAUAUAAAAGUGACUGCCACGGGAACAGGAGAAGCAAUGUUUAGGAUGGUGUCGCUGUAUUACGCUCUGCCUAAAGAAAAGAAGAGUGACUGCGAGAUGUUCGACUUGAAUGUGCAAGUCCAUCCAGUGAAACUAGGUGAGGAUGAGAGGAUAUACAAGCUACAGAUAGAGGUUAUGUUUAAGGACAAGCAGCGCAGCACAACAAUGUCAAUCCUGGAUGUCGGUUUCCCAACUGGCUUCACUUUCAACAAAGACGACCUGGACAGAUUGUCUAAAGGACGUGCUCGCAUCAUUUCAAAAUAUGAGAUGGACAAAGUUCUCUCAGACAGAGGCUCACUCAUCAUCUACCUGAACAAGAUUUCUAAUGUGCGCUCAGAGGAGAUCUCCUUCAGGAUCCAUCAGGACAUGAAAGUGGGCAUUUUACAACCAGCUGCUGUCUCCGUCUAUGAAUACAAUAACAAGAAACAUUGUGUGAAGUUCUACCACCCUGAGAGGAGACAGGGGGAGUUACUGAAGCUCUGCACAGCUAAAGAGUGCACAUGUGCUGAAGAGAACUGCAGCAUGCAGAAAAAGGAACACGUCAGCAACGACGAGCGCUCUGCAAAGGCUUGUGAGAUCACAGAUGCUGGGAAAAUAGAUUUUGUUUACAAAGCAAAAGUGGAAAGCUUUAAAGACGCUUUGUCCACUGACAUUUACACUGUGCGUGUGCUGGAAGUCGUCAAGGAAGGGACCACUGAUGUGGGUCCACAAAAUCAACUGCGCACAUUUCUCAGUUAUCAGCACUGCAGAGAGGCUCUGGAUCUGAAACAAAACAAAACCUACCUAAUCAUGGGCACAUCCAAAGAUAUUCACACCGCGAGCACUGCAGGACCAGAUGGCCAGCAGCUCUCAUUCCAGUAUGUGCUUGGUGAGAGAACCUGGAUCGAGUACUGGCCAACUGUUGCAGAGUGCCAGACCGACGAAUACCGGGCCACCUGUUUGGGUAUAGAGGAGCUGGUCUUGCAGUACACAAUCUUUGGAUGUGAGCAGAAGUGAAGCUGCAGAAAAUAAAAUGCUCUCCCCUUAAA